GCAAUAUAAAUAUAAAUAAUACAAUUAACAUAAUUACACAAAAUGCUGCAGUUUCCGCGGCAAAAAAUAAAAUUUUCAGUGGCUAAUUUAAGCAGCGGCACAGAGGGCAAUGAGGCCGACAGUUCGUGCGAGUCGCUACAGAAAUUGCUUUCGCGCACCUCACUGCUGAUACUCGACCAUAAACAUUUUGUAGCCGCACGCACCAUUCAGUCGAUAUGGCGAGCCCGACGCCUGCGCGAACAGCUCCGUCGCGAAAAAAACUCUGCCCGCACAAUACAAAGAUGGUGGCGAGGCUUUCACCAACGCAAACGUUUAUUUUCCAUCAUCGAGGAGAAGGUGCAGCAAAGCACUAUCGCCCACUACAAUAAGGAGGCAACCAAGAUACAGGCAUAUUUUCGUGGCUGGUUCACACGACAAACAGUCCACGACAUGCACAGUCUGCUACGCAUGCAAAACAAUGCAGCCGAGGAGCUGCUCAAUUGUGUGGCCUACAGGCUGCAUCAUCUGCUGCGCACCUAUUCGGUACCUGGCAUCUACUCGUUGCGUGAUUCACACUGUCUAUCGAAGGUGGAAAAGCUGUUGGACAGCAUUACGUACCGUUUUCUCAAUGAUAGCGUUAUCCAUCGUCAUGUGUUUAAGUCGGAUGUAACAAAACGUCAUAACUAUCAGUUUAAUCAAAACAGCCUAUAUACGAACGUGCCUUUUUCGGGACCCAAUUAUAAUGCCGCUUGCAAAACGCAUCUCGAGGACAGUUUGUUUCCCUCCAAAAAGAUGGAAGCGUGUAUGUACAAGGUCAUUAGGGAAUAUGAAAAAUCGUUGGCCGACCCCAAAGUGGCUGAGACACACAAGAUAAUAUUUAAUCGUCGGGCCCAGGAGCAAACGAAAAUGAUCUGGCAGAAUAUAGGCAAGGUGCGAGGCAAUUUUUGCGGCGAUGUCAUCGACAGCAUGCGUAAAUGGAAUAUUUGGGAUGAUGAGAACCUAAAUAUAAACCGCAACAUCUAUCUCGAUCCCAACGAUCUCAAAAAUUUUCUUGACGAUGCCGAACGCCUUCUAAACAAGUAUACAGUGUCAUGUUAUUGCCGUCAAGAAGAUCUGCCAAAAAUAGAAGAUCAAGGGCGAUAGAUCACUCGUGUUUGGGCAUCUGUGUCGUAUCGCGAACCUGCACGAAUCGACGCAACUUUUUUCACGUGGAAAGAGUGCAGUUGGCUCAUGCGUGCUCGUUGAUACGACUCAAACGAACUGACACGAUGGCAUUGAACAAGUUUCAGAUUCAAAAUGUAGUGUCUAAAAGGUAGUAUAGA